AUCGCCAGUUACUCCCAACUUCCGCCGGAAACCACGUGAGCGAUGUAAACAUGGCUCUCUCAACUUUGGACAGUCUGAGACAGCAAGCAAGAAAUGCAUCACAGGAAGAUAUUGAUAAGCUGUGUCGCAGCAUAUUAGAGACGAUGCACAUAUCUGAGAGAUCUGGGGAACUUGGUGGGAUGCUGCGGCAACUGUGCUUCAUACUCCAGGCAUCUGAGGAGGAACCUUUCAUCUCCACCAAGCUGCUAGUGUCGUUACUGUCAGCGGUGAGCCCAGCAGGGGAAAAGUCGAACCCCCGUCAGUGUUUGCUGUGUCAGCAGAUUGUGACAGAGCUGCUACCCUGUGACGGAGACUGUGCUGAGAAGAUCCAGCCCCGGGACCAAGCUCACGUCAACAAAGACCACCUGCCUCUCUACAUACUGCAGGGUGAGGGGUUUGGGUGUCUGGAUCACAGUUUUCCUGAGGCUGUGAGAUGGUUGAGUACCAGAGGGGUUGACCUUGACACUCAGAGAAAGGCCUUCACCUUCCUUGUCUCCCUGUCAAUGCUGCAUACCAAGCUCGCAUCAGACAAGAUUGUUCUGAAGACAAGUGAGCAGCUGUCGAAGUGGCUGCUGUCAGCUUCCCGCUAUCAGGCUGCCAACCCCUACACCAAGAACCCUUUCCGUAAAGAUGAGGCAAACCUCGUCACCGAGGUGGACGGCACUCCAAGUCGCAAUUUCUUUACAGUUCUGAACAUAGGGCAGUACUUCACAGACGACCAGUUCCUGAACAUCUACACAUUCUCCCUGCUGUACCGCUGGCUUCAUCACAACAAUGUCAACCGCGAAGACGGUGAGGACACAGAUGCCGACCUCAGCAAGGACCGCGAGACUCCGGUGUCUUUGGUGUCGACUGAUUCUCCCCUGGGCUCUCCACGGGGAGAUGGAACUCCACAGUCAUUUGCCUCUCUUGAAUCCCCAAAGCAAGCAGCAACACCUGUUGGUUCUCUUGACUCAACUGAUCAGUUUUUAUCAAUGUAUGCCGAAUCCCCUCGCAGAGCUAGUGCUCAGGUUUCCUCAAUGAUUGCCGAAUCCCCUCGAAGAGGGAGUUUUCAAAUUUCAUCAAUGAAUGGUGACUUUUCUCGAAGAGGGAGUGGUCAGCAUAUGUCAAUGAGAAGUGGAACUCCUGACUCACUAGAAAAGGGGAGACAAGCCAAGGUGUUCGGGUCUCUGUCCUCCCGCACUGUGGACUACUGUUUCCGUGUGCUGGACCAGUGUGAAAGAAAGCCAAAGGUGAACACUGAUGCGGAACUGCAGAUUGCUUGCUUGGUUGAGGCAGUGACUGUCCUUGACCUGAUCUGUGAGCUGGAUGAAGGUCAUGUUCCCCGUGUGCACCAGGAAGUGAAGCGGCUGUAUGCUCGAGUGUCCUCCGAAGCCCAGUACGCACCCAUUGUACUGCAGAUAUUGCAGUUCUUUGUCAACCACAGUAGCGCUGUCGUCCAUGACCCUGGAGAUACAUACCUGCACUACUUCCGAAAUGUGUUGGGCCGCAACUUCCAUGAUCCGGGAGUAGCAUUCGACACAGUCAGGUUUAUUCUGCGGAAUCUGGAGACCCUGUGUCACAGGACCAAGGUCCUGUCGUCUUUCUUCCCCAACAUCCUAAAGAUUCUGGCCUGGCAUCCCAGGACGUUUGUGGAUGAGUUUACAGAGAUCCUGCCUGCCCUCAUGUCUCCCACCACAGCCAUGGAGGUGUUCCACACAGUCCUUGACCUUCCAUGCCUCACGGCAGCUUUAGAGGUCAUCGAGAAAGCCAAGAAGAUUGAGCACCUGGGCCAGGGGCCAACUGGGGACUCAGAACCAUCCAACUCUGUGGAGGCCUUCCAGCACUCGUUCUACAGGCCUCUGUUCAGCUUUGUCACCCGCUACGAUGGCGGCCACGGAGACACCAUCGACAAAUUGUCAUCUCUACACAACAUCCUGUCCGACAUGAAGUCCUACCCCAGGGUCGUGGUGUGUUCCCAGGCAGUGCCAGUGCUGGUCAGGGUGUGGUUCUCCGUGGUGCUGGAGGAAGUGGGCGCGGAGUUCGCAGGCCAGCUGCUUCCUGUCAUGCUGGAGAGGUCAUCGCUGCUCUACACUAUCCCCGAAUUCCAGAACGACAUCAGAAGACUUCUGUCCGAGAACCUGGUCGCCCUGCUACGGAAGUACCCAAGCAUCGUGAACAGUCAGUAUCUGGAGAUCUCCACCUUCCUCAUGGGCACUCGCAACUUCACCGACAGGGAGGCCAUCUUCUCCAACCUGGUGUGGUGUGUAGGUGAGCUCUGCUCUCUUCACCAUGACCCCAGCUGUACAGCCGACCUCAUCGCCAAGUAUUAUGAAACUCUUGAGGCAAUGACCUACGAGGUGUCAGGGCUGCUGUUGUCGGCAGAACAUAGGUCGGAGGUCAGCCCCAAGAUCGUGUCAGUCCUCAUCUCUGCCAUAGCCAAGCUCUCCACCAGGUGUCAGGACCUGAUUCCACGUGCCAUCUUGUGUCUAACCAAGGUUGCUAAGCAACACUACAACAACGCAGUGGACCCCGAGGGCGGUGAGGCACUUGUGAGCCGUGCCCAUGAACUAAUCAACUUGCUGAAACUGCCAAAUUUUGCAUCAGUGGUUCUUAAUCCUGCAGCCGACAUUGACUGUGGCAGGUGGCAUCGUGACAACACUGCUCUUCCCAUCAUCUUGAGGGGCACGUACAGACUGCUGAGUCCCGACUCCAAGUGAUACACAGUACACUAUGGCCUGUUUACAUUAACCUCUUCAACCAUGUUAGACACAGUUUCAUGUCUGCAAAUUAAUUUGCUCUCUUUGACAAAUGAGUGAGUAUUACUUAUAUUAGGAUUUAGGAGCUGUGUCAGCAAUCUUUCAAUGCAGCCUGGGCCAGAUGAACCAGGUGUUAAGUUAUUCAAAGUAAUUUCCUAAUAACUAGCCUCACUCACAUUGAUGUAUAACACUUUAUGUGACUGUACAAAGUGCAAUAUAUUUAUUUUGCUAUAACAUUUUUUUCGAAAAUUGUUUCCUGUUGUUUGUGUAGCAAACUACAACAUGUAAAAGUAAAAUCUUGGACACAGUCAAAUAGGGACUACCCAACACCUGGGUCCAGUAAGAUUUACUUCAGCCUUGUUAGCUUAGCUAAUAAAAGUCCAAGUAAAGACUAAAUUCUACUGACAAAAAGUCAGUGAGUUUGAGUCAGACACUUGGGAAGUUAAACAUUCUGCAAAAUGUCAAUAUCAAACACCCUAUAUCUUGAUACCUUCUGGGACACCAGAAAUGGGCUUCACACAUUGUACCCAUGUGGGGGAAUCGAACCCGGGUCUCCGGCGUGACGAGUGAAUGCUUUAACCACUAGAUGACACCACCGCCCCCCAAAACAAUGAAUGUGUAGCUAGCUUGGCAGGUUGAACUUAAUGACAAAGAGUUGAAACUUGUAUGAUAAUUUAUUUUCAUUGUAUGCACAUUUAUACAAAUGUAACCUGUAUGUACACCAUAUACAUUGCAUUUUCCCACACAAACAUUACCAGCAAUUGACAGACAGGUGGCUAGGAGAGGGUUAAUUGACACGUCAUAUAUAGCGUUAACAUGGACAUAGAAGUGGCUGUGGCACAGUGGAUUACGUUGUGCCCUCUGUAUCAUUCCAUUCAAGUGAAACAGAGUCGCGUCCUAAAGUAUCACGUUUAUGUAGUUCAGCAUACUCGAAUGUGAGUCAAGAACACAACGCUGUGUUUCAAAGGUUCUGCCAUCAAAUUGUGUCCAUAAAAAUCAGGCCUAAAAAUAUUUACAUAUUUCAUUUGAGCAGUAAGCAAAACAAUUGCUUUUACGAUAAAAUAGCAGGAAAUAGAACGUGAAAGAAAUUCCUUCUACACAAAAAACUGUAAAACAUACUUGGAUAACAAUAGCACAGCUAUAGAGUCUUCCUGUUCUUCAUAAUUUCUGUUUACCAAAGUAUGUUUUCUUGUUCUAAGUAUGAGGGUGUGUCAUGCACAGCCUGGUAAGUCUAGCACGGAGUGCCCUGGUGUUAAGGACUAGAGGUAGAUCUAGACUGUACAUGGAAUAUCUACAACCACAGGGCAUCAGGUAGAACAGUUCUAUGGAGCACAACACAUAGCACAAACUAACAGUGUAAACAAUGGUCUGCAUCACAGUAGAGCUCUGACA